AUGAAGAUGAUGAUGGAGGAAGAACGACAGAAUCAAGACAAAGAGAGAAAGAGAAGAGAAGAAGAACUUAAAAGAGAAAUAAGAGAAGAAAAGAAACAUCAGAGAGAGAUACGAGACGAGAUGAGACGAGAACGAGAGACAUUCAAACAUGAAAUAGAGGAAAUGAGACAAGAAAAAGAGAAUGUGAAGAAAGAAAAGGAAAAACUGCAGAUCAAAUACGACACUGAAAUAGACAGACUGAUGAACAGAUUAGAGAAUGAAAGACAGAAUCAUGACACUGAGAGAAAGAGAAGAGAAGAAGAGUUUAAUGAGAGCAAAGAACGACAUAAAAGAGAAAUGAAAGAGAAAGAUGAGAGAGAGGAAAAGAUGCAUGAGGAGAUGAAGAGAGAACGAGAGGACUGGGAGAAACAGAAACUAGAGGAAAAGAUGAGAAUAGAAGAAGAGGAUGAGAAAAGAAGAGAAAAAGAUGAACAGAUUCAGAGACUGAAAAGUAAAAUGGAGGGAAUAAUCAGAGAUAAAGAAAAAAUGAAGAUAAUGAUGGAGAAAGAAAAACAGAAUCAUAAAGAGAGAGAGAUAAGAGAAGAAGAAGAUAAGAAAAGGACAGAGAGAGAAAAUCAGAACCGUGAUGAACAGAUUCAGAGACUUGAGAGUGAAAUGGAGGGAAUAAUCAGAGAGAAAGAGAAAAUAGAAAGAGAGAGACGAGAACAACUAGAGGAUCUAGAGAAGAGACUGACAGAAGAAAGAAACAUGAGAGAAGAUCAACAAAAGACUUUUGAAGAAACACUGAAACUCCUUGAAGAAGAACUGAAGAGAAGACGAGUGGAGUGGAGAGAGGAAUAUGAACGAGAGGAAGAGAAGAUGAUGAGGAAGAUCUGCUCUGAAACUGAUCCGUCACUACAGGUCUCAGCCUACAGGAAACUGGAGACUGAAUACAGCAAGUGGUCCUGGAGUCUUCGCAGUGCCAUGAUGGAAACUGAGAACAAACUACACAACAAAAUAGAGAAUGAAGUGAUUCAUGAGGUUGAGGAAACUGAUCGUCACAGAGAACUGAAGAAGACAAGCGAAGAAGUGGAAAAAUCAAUGUCAGAGUUCUUUGAGAAAAACAUUGAUAAAUAUAUACUGAUUCAGUGGAAAACAUCAUUUGAAAUCAAAAUCAGAGAGCUUCAGGAGAACAUUGUGAGAGAAACAAACAGGAGAUUAAAUGAGGUUCUUCAUCAGCGAGAACUGAAGAAAAAGAUUGAUUCUCAGAGGAAACAUCAUGAAAACACUCUCUAUGAAAAGAGCAAAGAACUCGCCUUAAAACUCAAAGACAAAACAAAUGAUGAAGAAACACUGAAGAAAGAGUUUGAUUUGUUCUGGGAACAGAGUGUGAAGAAGAUCAUCAGAGACACUCCUCUAAUCAGAGACAUUGAUGUAAUGAGAGAUGUGAGAGAGAUCCUCAGUGACCUCUAUGAAAGUGUUUCUGUUGAUCACUGGAGGGAGAGCAGGGAUAUUUUCACUGUGAGGAGUUAUUCAGAUUAUGUGAAGGUAAAGAGAUCCAGUGGAUUUACAGCACCUAUUAAAAAUGCUAUCAGAUCAGCUAUAGAGAUGUAUGGUUUAAUUCUGACUAAAGAGGAUGAAGUCCAAAUCAGAUUAUUAGUCAGAGAUGUUGGUCAGCAGACAGACAGAAUGAUUCAGUCAUUUAACAUUUCAAAGAUGGGCUACAACAUCAGCUUUGUUCAUCUACUCAUAGAUUAUAGUAAUCAAGACAAUAGUAAUUCAACAUGAGGAAGAACAAGUGAAAUAUGUGUUCAAGAAUGAAUUCUUCAUGGAUCUGUUUCUUUCCAUCUGUAAGAGAGCAAACAAGAUGAUCACUGACCAACACAGACUGUUCAGAGAAGUUAAUGAUCCUGUAAUACAUGCUGAGAAGAAGAGAGAAGAGUACUAUAGUAUUUUCCAGAAAUCCUGUCAUGGAGCAACAUCAGCUGCUGUUUUUGGAGAGAUCAUCUGUCAGAAACUGAAAGAGUCCAUUGAGCAGAGCGUCUACAAGAAGACUG